AUGGAACAAUUAGAAAAAUUUGCCCAAGCCAACACCUUAAGUAAAGAAGAGAAAGAAGAAGCCCAUAUCUUCUUUAAAAAGGAGAGCUGUUUGCUCACAAUAGGCCUUAAUAAAUUAGAGACGACUAGCCUCGUAACCCACUAUGUAGAUACCGAAGUCAGUAGUAAUAGGAUAGAAGUAGAUGUUAGUGUACAGAAAUGUAGAGAAUGGUUACUCUCUUUAGUGGAAUGUGACAUUGAGGAAGGCCUAUAUGAGACGGAAUUAGGUGGAUAUACUGGGUGGAGUGUUGAAAACGUAUAUACAGUGAUAGAGGAGGAUGGUGAGGACAAUGACCUAAAAUUAGAAGAAUACAUAGAGUUAAGAGAAGAUGCAACAGAAAACAUAACUACCAUUGAUGGAAAUAAACUAGGAAUCCAAGAUGCGCAUGACCCUCAAAAUUUGCUGAUAUUGUGGGAUUGGAUCGUUAGUAGAGCACGACAAGAGUUGGCUCGAAGGAAAUACUUGUGGAAUACUGGGAUCGAUUUAGGAUAUACUAAGCCACUGAACAAGGGAGCAGUUAAUGCCGAUAGGAAUAUACUGUUAAGGAGGAAUGGUGGACCUAUAAUCAUAAACCCAUCAAGAUCAAUAAUGGGCCCUUGA